CUACUUAUAUAUUUAUUAUCUACUUAAUAGUUAAUAUAUAUUUAUUGUCUACUUAGUUAAUAUUUAUUCAUCAUCAACCAAUCGGCCAAUCCACCAAGAUGGAGCGCGGUAGACAUUCUUUGGAUAUCGGAAAUCUCCAACGCAACCGAAAGAAGGAGAUUGCGAGAACUCAUCCUAGUUUGCGCAAAAAAAGCGGGCAGUCCGGAUCUUCUUCUCAAAGUGGAUGGGAGGACGAACCGGAAUACCAACGGCGAGAUGGCGAAAGAAUGUCCGACGAGCAACUACAACAACUAUUGGCUCAAAAUCCUCAAUUUUUCCAUCAACGAGACAUCCCGGUCCUCCCGGACGAUAUUCACACCAUUGACGAAGAAGAGCUCGAGGAUGACGAUCCGGAGGAGGACG